AUAAGGGUGAAUGCUGUCAUACUGCCCGGCUCUAAUGUCAUGUGUGCAUCCCAUUUCACGUUUUUCCACUGUAGCUGUGGAUGCUUUUCGAUCGGGAGCGAGCAGCUUAGGCUUGGUAAAAUAACCCAGCAGGUGAUAAAUAACACCAACUCAUUACCUGCAGGUUCCCCUCUUGCACGCCGGUACAGCAAUCCGAACAGACGACGCUGAACUUGUGACUUCUUAUUCGAAUUUUCCGGCCCACCUUAAACCAGAGCAAGACCACCCGACUUCAGCCCUGGCGACGGGGCAUGGCGGAUGGAGCAGGACUGCCCCUCUUCCAUACCCCCCCCAGCCCUCCACCUUUUGAGGGGCCGUUGUCAUGGAAACGGCACAGGCGCGUGCACUUUGACAAAGGGGGUGAUGCUGGUGACGACGGCGAUGAUGAUGAUGGUGGUGAUGAAGGGUUCGCCUGGUGGCGAGUGAAGAGCGAAAGGCUCUCGCGGGUCAUCAUUCCGGACCUGUGAGAGGGAAAAACGCACGUGAGGUUCGCCAUGGCGCCGAGAGGAGCCCCGAGGGGGUCCCAGCAGAACUUCUGAACCCUUUCUGGAGGCUCACUCACAGAGUUAGAGGAGGACGACAUGGCCAGAGUGGGCGACAGGCAGCGUGUUGGUGGUCUCCUGUCCAGAUGGUUAGUUCUGCUGAGCGUGGUGGGACUGCAGGCUGAAGCCAUGGAGACAGUGAACGUGGCAGACUUCUGUGGCCAGACGGUCCAGGCGGAUGGCAUGAUCGUCAGAUCCCACCAGGAGUCGCGCAAGUACUACUUCGUCACCAUGGGAACGGACUGCCACCUCACCAUGCGCUCCGCGACGCCCCGGGACAAGGUGCAGUUCCACUUCCGUUUCUUCCUCGUCUACAGCCUGCUGAGGGUGUCCCCCUUCAGCCCCGUGCCCCUCUCGCCCGAGUCCGCCAAGGGCCCGUCGCUUUCGGGCCCCACCCGGCAUGAGAUGCGCAUGGAGCCCACUCCGGGGGAGGGUGCAGCUGACCCCUGCCAUGCCGGCUCCUACAUCCAGUUCUACGAUGGCCGGGAUAAGACAGCGCCCCCUAUCGGCCCGCCGCUGUGUGGCAAGAGCCCGCCACGUCCUAUCCUGUCAACUGGACCUUAUCUGACUCUGCGGCUAGUGACCAGGGGGACCCAACCCCGUGUGGACUUUGUGGGGGACUUUACCUCAUUCAGGCUGGGGUUUAAUCAGUCUGAAUGCAGCGGCGCGCCCUACUUCAACUGCCGCAAUGGAAAGUGCAUCCCAGUGAGUCUGGUUUGCGAAGAUGACAAAGGAAUCGACAACUGUGGCGAUGGCACCGACCUGCAAGACUACCCAGGAUGCAUCACUCUACCAUCCUCGCCGGCGGCAGACAGCCAGCCCCCCGUAACCCCUCCUGCUCACAUACUGAGCGAUCCCACCCUCAGGGCAUCGACUGUGGAGAAGUGCGGCGGCCCGAACGCCCUCCCUGAUCUAGAGUCUGUCGCGGACUCGCAGCAGUACGUGUCUCUGGUGGUGCUGUACGUGGUUCUGGGCGUGGCGGCCGGCUCCGUGCUGCUGUGCUGGUGUUGCUGGUCGCCCGGCUGGUUCCUCUGGAGGGUGAGUGUAUGCCGUUUCCUGCCCUGCUGUAACUCCUGCUGUGCCUCCUGUCAGCUCUGCGGCCGGAGCUGCUCCCAGAACAAAGAGCACCGUCUGGCAAAGGUCACGCCCCAGGCUGCCCCCUCGCCCGUGGCCGCGCCGACCACUGUGGCCGUGUAGACUCAGAGCCAUAAAGGAGCAGAGACUGGCGGGAAACAGGCAAGGCCUCCAGGACGGACUCUAAGGCUUUUGUUUGACGAAGGAGGUCACUGAAGUGGUAAAGUAUGGAUGAUGAUUAGGGCCUGACCGAUGUGAACUGUUUGUCACGACUGCUGAUUUUAAGGAGCUAGAAAUUCUAUUAAGGUUAGUGGAUAUUAUUUUAAAUGGUCAGUGAAGCAGGUGUCAAAUGUCAAAUAUGAUUAUUGUCAAAUUUCUUAAACUCAAGUAAACAGUUGUUUUGUUGUUUGAAAUAGCAGCGCGUGUCGUUUUUCUCAUAUAGUGUCUAAAGAGACUGAUACCAAUAAAGCCAUGGAACCUUGAUGUUCUCAGCCAAACGAUGUAUCGGUCUGUCCCUAAACACGAUAAUGAUCUGCUGUAAGUGUGAAAGCGCGCUUGUAGCAUUUCGAUACUAUAUGAUAUGCCCCUCACUGUUGAAACAAAACCUUGCAUCUCCAUUUUUGUCAUUUUUAAUUUUUUUUACCAUACUUUGAAAUCGUCAGCUCUCAUAUAUAAUGUGUUUAUAUUUCAUGAUCACGCCUAGAAAAUUCUAACUCUUUGUUUUGGGGAGGUUUCCUAGCAAAAGUCUUUCAGAACCUUAACUGCCAGAGAACUUGUAGAGAGGAAAAUUACUGCUCUGUAAUGUCCUCCAGGUUCUCAAACACUAGAGGGCGCUCCCGAGCGAGUCCAAAACGAAUGGGUUCAGAUGGAGCGUUUGAGCAAAAUCCUAGUUUAUAAAUGCGUAAACAUUUUUAAUGUAAAGGAAUGCGAUCAUUUCCUGAACAGAGAACAGCAUAAAACACUUUAACACCGCUGUUAUAUUUUAAAAAGCUUUUAAACUCGAGCUAUAGGAGUUUUUAAAAGGCGCUUCAUGUACGCUCAUGACAUCAGGGAGCACAUAAAGACAUUUGGAAGGUUUAGAUACGUCUUCAGAAAAGAGGAAGAGCGGAGGAUUUGCUAGAUUGGUGGAUCCGUACAGCCUGCACAUCUCCAGAGCAGAGUUCAGAGCAUUCCAGUGUGGGAUAUUUUAUAAAAUCUAGUAAAAGUGGCUGCCAAAGCUCUUAAAUAAUAAACUCAUGCAUAAAUAUUAAGCUCAAGUCAGCUUCCCAUUCGCCGGUUUCUCAUUUGAAUGAGGCGCCUUAAAUGUAGGACAAAUUUUGAAAGUUGGUGAAUACGGAGCAUUGGAGUACCUCAAUAAAUAAUCCCUAAACAACAAACACCUCAAGCUUUCACUCGGAAAUGUUUAACUGUCACAGCGAAGCUAAUCAGUCAUUGCAGCUGCCGAUCACGUCUCACCGGCCGCGUCCCAAACCACACGCUUCUGUACUUCACCUACUACACUAAUGCGUGCACUUCUAAUAGUGUAUGUCCUGUUUUGGCACUAUUUAGUGUGCUAGUAUGCGGAUUGGCACGUGAAAAUAAUACCGCGAUGGGGAAUCGGAACUGUUCAGAUCAUAGCUGUGUCAUCACUACAACCACAAAUCAAAUAAAAUCAAGCACUCAAAUACUCUGGUUAAUGUGCUUUAAAUAUUUAAAAAACAUUCUCUCAUUGCACACGGCCACAGCAAUGCGGAAUGAACUUGAAGCUGCCGUCCAAAAAUGGUGGCAGCGUGGCUCUGACGUCAUCGGAAAACCAUCGUUACGCUGCUGCUCGCCUACUUUUCUCAUCUAAAAGACUGCCCGGCUCUCUCCGGUACAGUAGGCACCUCUUCCUCUGGGCAUCCAGUUUAAAGUCCUUCUCCUGCCCUGAAUGGUCUAGCACCCCUUCUUUUGAUGACCUCCUCCCCCCCUGUAAUCCUGCUCGUACUCUCAGGUCCUCCAACGCAGGCCUCUUGGUGGCCCCUGCCUUUGAACGCUCUACUUUUGGGGGCAGAUCUUUUAGUGUUGUGGCUUCUGAAGUAUGGAACUCUCUUCCUUUAUCUCUCUACGACCGUUCCAUCCUUGUCCUCCUUCAAAGUCCAUCUCAAAACCUUUCUGUUUUCUCAGUACUUUCAUUCUUCUUCCUUUUGUUUCUUGUCUGUUUAUGUAUUUUUUUAUGAUACCCUUGUUGAAAAGUGACCUUAGGUAUAGGCGCUUAUUAUUAUUAUUAUUAUUAUUAUUAUUGCGAAAGAGACAAUAAAAAUGCUUCAGAAUGACCUGAAUAGCAAUACAAAUGCUGCAGAAUCUUGUUCCAUUGACUUUCAUUCAAAUUUAAAAAUGUUUUUAAAGUUACCGUUUUUGGAGAUACAAGGUUUUAAUGAGAUGUUUUGUUGUUGCUUUUAUUUGAAACUUUUCAAAUAAAACUUUUAGAAAAUUCCACAGAUUUUCCUAAAUGUCUGUGUAGUUACUGAUCAGUCAGAAUUGUUCACAGUGGUGGUGAUAGGAACCAGACGUCCACCUCUCGAAGCUCCCUCACAGAAAGGUCCUACAUGAAAUGGUUGUGAAUAUAUGUAU